AUGACUUGCAGAUCCCCUUGUCUCCGUGUCUUUGCCCUCCGCAAGGGCGCUCCGUGCGGGCCUCUUAUACCACCCGACCGCCGACACGAAGAACUAGAGCUUUCCAUCAUGGAGAGCCAGAAGAGUCGGCGUCGAAGAGGGCCCCCAACGCAGGAACCGCCACAGUCUCCCAAACAGGUUGCACCGCAGCCUCCACCCCGUCCCUGGCUGACCUGGUCGCUGGCCACGGUCCUGCUGCUGGGAUUGACCUAUUUCCUCCGUCCCGAUAUCUACUUGACAAAUUGGAUUGGUCCAUUGCUGGGUCACGGCCAUCUCCAGGGGCUUGCCGAUGACAUCGACCAGGAGGCCACGUUGCGUCCGCGCAUUGAAUUGCACCCCGAGCAUCAUGUGUAUCGCGCGCCCGUCACACAUUAUCUGGACUGGCGGGUCACAACGGGCCAGCGGAGGCCCGACGGCGUCCUGAAAGAAGUAUUUUUGAUCAAUGAUCUGUUCCCUGGUCCCACCAUUGAGGCUCGUUCGGGAGAUACAUUGGUGAUCACCGUCAUUAAUUCUAUGACAGAGCAUCCCGUGGCUCUGCAUUGGCAUGGUCUUCAUGUUCCUAAUGGCGUGGAUGGCGCGGCGGCGGUAUCGCAAUGCCCAAUUGCACCAGGCGCCCAAUAUGUCUAUAACGUCAGCCUCCCCGCAACCCAGAGUGGGACAUUUUGGUAUCAUGCGCAUGCUGGGGUGUCGCGGGGAGAUGGACUGUAUGGCGGACUGGUCGUCCAUGCGCCAGCAUCCAAGUCGACGGUGCGAGGGUUGAUGGCCCGAGGUGGGAGCGAUCUCGAUCGAUAUGGCUACGACAAGGAGCUGCUGCUCCUCAUUGGUGAUUGGUAUCAUCCUCCAGCAGAGGACGUGCUCGCCUGGUAUAAAAACCCAGGCAAUUUCGGCAACGAGCCAGUUCCGGACUCGCUCCUUGUCAAUGGAGUAGGAAAGUUUGACUGCGGCAUGGCAGUGCGGGCGCGUCCGUUGGACUGUAUCCCGCAUCUAAUGGACAGCUCAUUCCUCAACCUCGACCCGAACCGAUCCUACCGCAUACGCGUCGUGAACACGGGAUCUCUCGGAGGUUUCUCUCUCGAUUUCGACCGAGAGAACCUGGAACUCCUCCAGGUAGAUAGUGUUGAUGUGGAGCGAUCACAGCAGAAAGAUGUCAACCGUGUGGGGAUUCUCUACCCGGGACAACGCAUGGACUUUGUCCUACGCCCUUCAGCGAAGGAGGGAAAAGGACCGUCGUCCAUGAUGGUGGAGCUGGAUCAAGAGUGCUUCAAGUACAUGAAUCCAGCCCUAACACCCGACCAACUCUUCCCCAUCUACUACAACGGCAUAUCCGACCCAGAUCGUAUGACUCUUGUCCCCAGUAUCCGCAAUAAGCUCAACAUCCAGGAGAUACCAUCAUCCGCUUCAAUCCUGGCAACUCUCCCCGAGAAAGCCGACGAAACUCACGUCGUCUAUACCAAAAUCCAGAAAAUGGCUCGAAAUAAUAACUCGCCAUAUGGAUAUUUCAACAUGACAACGUGGAAACCGCAAAGCGAUCCUCUAGUCCCACUGAUUGCUCUCCCCCGCGAAAAUUGGGACGCGAACCAGUUUUCAUUAACCACAGGGCCGGGUUCAAGAUGGGUAGAUCUAGUCGUGAACAACCUCGACGAAGGUCCCCAUCCAUUCCACCUGCACGGCCACCACUUCUUCAUCCUAGCAAUCCACGAAUCCACCUUCGGCUGGGGCUCCUACAACCCCUUCGAAGACCCGGUCCCAACCGGCUUCGACGCAGAAACUGACCCUGCUCAACCCUAUGAUCUCUCGCGCGCCGCACUCCGCGAUACAGUGCAGAUUCCCAGUCGCGGAUACGCGGUUCUCCGCUUCCGGGCUGAUAACCCGGGCAUUUGGCUGUUUCAUUGCCAUAUUCUCUGGCACUUGGCGACGGGCAUGGCGAUGCUGAUUGAUGUUCAGGGUGAUCCGGCUGGGCUGGUUGCUCAUGAUGCAUCGGUGCUUCCUGCGGGCGAAAUUUGUCCCCCAUUAAGAGCAUAA